CAGUGAACUCGAGCUAGCUAGUUUCCUUGCUACCCCGCCUCAGCUACUUAGUUUCCUUGCGUGGCCAUGGGUAGCCUUCCACUUGAAGAACUGAUGCCACUGGACCCCGAGACAUUCGCCGGGGAGUCGAGCACCGUGGUCGACUUCCUCACCGACUACUACCGCAAUGUCAACAAGUACCCAGUCAUGGCCAACACCGAGCCGGGGUCCAUCCGUAAACUUCUUCCGGAGGUGGCCCCGGAGAUGGGCGAGUCAAUGGACCGCAUAUUGGAUGACGUGCGGCGGGACAUCCUCCCGGGGCUGACACACUGGCAGAGCCCUAGCUUCUUCGCCUACUUCCCGGCGAACGCGAGCACCGCAGGGUUCGUUGGGGAGAUGUUGUCCGCUGGUCUCAACGUCGUGCCUUUCGUCUGGAUGGCAUCACCGGCGGCCACCGAGCUGGAGCAGAUCGUGGUUGAUUGGAUGGCGAGGCUCCUCGGCCUGCCGGAGUGCUUCCACUUCAAUGGAGGAGGCGGCGGAGUUCUGCACGGGAGCACGUGCGAGGCCGUGGUGUGCACACUCACGGCCGCGCGCGACCGUGCACUGAGCAAGCUCGGCCAUGCAGGCAUCCUCAAGCUGGUUGUGUACGCCUCAGACCAGACCCACGCAACCUUCCAGAAAGGCGCGAGCAUCGUCGGCAUCCCACCGGCAAACUUCCGCAUCCUGCGGACCUCGGCAGACUCAGGAUACGGUCUGACCGCCGAUACCGUUCAAAGAGCAAUCGAGGAAGACAUCGCCCGAGGACUGACUCCUCUUUACCUGUGCGCCACAGUCGGCACUACUGGUCUCGGGGCCAUUGACAGAGUGCGUGAGCUCGGUCAUGUUGCUCGGCGCUAUGGAACCUGGCUGCACAUCGACGCGGCAUAUGCCGGCAGCGCGGCCAUUUGCCCAGAGUUCCAGGGGCACCUCGACGGCACCGAGCUCGCGGACUCGGUGAGCAUGAACCCACACAAGUGGUUUCUCACCAACAUGGACUGCUGCUGCCUCUGGGUGGCGAACCCUACCACCAUGACCAACGCACUGUCCACUGAUCCUGAGUACCUCAAGAAUGUUAGCCCUGCGUCCAAGAUGACGACCGACACCAUCGACUAUAAGGACUGGCAGAUCGCGCUAUCACGCCGUUUCCGAGCCAUCAAGCUGUGGGUGGUGCUGCGACGCUAUGGAGCAGCGGGCAUGCGCGCGCACAUACGGAGGCACAUCCGGAUGGCGGAGUGGUUCGAGCGCGUCGUGGCGGCGGACGAGCGUUUCGAGGUCGUGGUGCCGAGGAGCUUCUCCCUUGUGUGCUUCCGCCUUCGCCCACGGUUCAUGGAUGAUAUAGCGGUGGAGGCCCUGAACCGCGAGCUCCUCGCGGCGGUGAACGCAAGCGGGCGGGCGUUCAUAACACACUUCGUCGUGGAUGGCAAGUUCGUGAUCCGCCUCGCCGUGGGUGGGGCCAUGACCGAGCUGCGGCACGUCCGGGGCGCAUGGGAGCUUGUCAAGGAGAAGGCCGACGAAUUGCUGGCAAACUGUUGUUAAUUAGCUUCCAUUCGACGCCUAUUGCUAUUUCCACCCUGCAUG